CGCCGGGUGUGACUGCCUGCUUUUUAAAAUCUCGGUCAACAGGUAAAGGGUAUAGAGAAGAGAAGUGUGUCGUCCUACAGUGCGGCCGGCGCGUACAGACGGAAGGUAGCAACACAACAGUUGUCGCGAUUUGACGAGCAAGCAUGCACACCCUGCGAGUCGCGCUCCUGCUCGCCCUUUUGGUUUCGGCCGCCUCGGCCAAGUCCUUCCUCAGCCAGCUGUUAAGCUGGGACCUCGGUCUUACAAAAGAUGAAGCCAAAGCAGACGCCAAGCAAGGCCCUGGCACCCCGAUCAGCAACUGCGUGUGCGACGGUCCGGGCUGCGUUUGCUGCACCGACUUUAAUCUCACCUACAUUGACCUAGGCGGGCCCGGCUGCGUGAGUCUCAAAUACCUUUCUCCUGAGGAAGGAAUGGCUGUGAAUGUAUCCUACGGUGACAGUCUGCUGCACAGCGAGGUCGUCAAAGGUCCCAAUCCCGAGCCGACCUGCAUGAACCUGCUGACCGACCUGGCUCAGGUGUGCGCCCGCAUCUCUGACCUGAACCCGACGGCGGAGGGCAUGAGGGGCUGCGUGCACAUGGAGCCGAAGUUGCUCGGCGAAGCGACGGCCGAGUAUGACGUUGGCUGUUUCCGGGUUGGGCCACAGGGCAUGAUCUUUGACCCUCCGGCCAACAACACCAGGCCCGAGGGUAUCGUUGAGGCAAAUCCCGAAACUGCAUCUGCCGAGGAGGAGGAGGAAGGUCCUUCCGAGGAGGAGGUGAUCGCUGCUGUCAAUGAGACAGCCGAACAGGGCCUCGCUUUCCUCGGCAGCCUUUUCGGAAUCGACUUUGGCGUUGGAAAGGUGAACGCCACUGAGGCGCCAGAAGCCGAGGCUCCGGCGUCCGAGGCGCCCUCCCAAAAAGCUGGACGGGCCUUCACCAACCCGCGAUUGAAUGAAGUUUGAUCUCUCUUUACAUCUCUUUUAAAAAUAAAAAUUUUAAGAGAAAACGCCGGAUCAUUAGGGUUUGGACAGAAAAAUUGUACAGUGCGACAAGUUGGUCGAGAAAUUUUAAUUUAUUUUUAAUAAAUGGACAGUUUUCUUUAAUAAAAUUUUAAUAAAAUAUAUUUCACAGAAAAA